AUGAGGAGUGGGAAAGCAAAAGCCAGUAGAAUUUGUGUAAUAGUAUUUGGCAGUAAUUUUGUUCCCCUCAGUACCCAGCAGAUUGUUACGUGGUGGACAACUCCUCGAGUUCUUUCAAAAUUGACAAACUCAGUGCUAAUCUGUUGCAGAAACCCAACCGCAGUGGAAUAUCUAGCAGCCCACCUCUCCAAAAUCCAUGGCCUGGACUGGCACCCAGACAGGCACAUUCUUGCUACCUCCAGUCAAGACAACUCUGUCAAGUUCUGGGAUUACCGCCAGCCUCGGAAAUACCUUAAUAUUCUCCCAUGCCAGGUGCCUGUCUGGAAGGCCAGAUACACGCCUUUCAGCAAUGGAUUAGUGACUGUGAUGGUUCCUCAGCUACGGAGGGAGAAUAGCCUGCUCCUAUGGAAUGUCUUUGACUUGAACACCCCGGUUCACACCUUUGUGGGGCACGAUGAUGUGGUGCUGGAGUUCCAGUGGAGGAGGCAGAAGGAAGGGUCCAAGGACUACCAACUGGUUACAUGGUCCCGGGAUCAGACCUUAAGAAUGUGGCGGGUAGAUUACCAGAUGCAGAGGCUCUGUGCCAAUGACAUACUGGAUGGAGUCGAUGAGUUCAUUGAGAGCAUUUCUCUUUUACCGGAACCAGAGAAGAGCUUGCACACCCAAGAUACAGAUCACCAACAAAACUCAAGUCAAGGGGAAGAAGAAGCCUUUAAGGAAGAUCCUCCUUGCAGUCUCUUGGAAGAGAGGAAAUCAGAUCAACUUGGCCUGCCUCAGACUCUGCAGCAGGAGUUCUCUCUGAUCAACGUGCAAAUCCGGAAUGUCAAUGUAGAGAUGGACGCAGCAGAUAGGAGCUGUACAGUGUCUGUGCAUUGUAGCAACCACCGUGUCAAGAUGCUGGUGAAGUUCCCGGCGCAGUACCCCAACAACGCCGCCCCCUCCUUCCAGUUUAUUAAUCCCACAACCAUCACAUCGACCAUGAAAGCUAAGCUGCUGAAGAUCCUGAAGGACACCUCUCUGCAGAAAGUGAAACGCAACCAAAGCUGUUUGGAGCCCUGCCUGCGCCAGCUUGUCUCCUGCCUUGAGUCUUUUGUGAACCAAGAAGACAGUGCUUCUAGCAACCCAUUUGCUCUCCCAAACUCUGUCACACCACCCUUACCAACAUUUGCACGGGUGACUACUGCCUAUGGAUCAUACCAGGAUGCCAAUAUUCCUUUUCCUAGGACUUCUGGGGCCAGGUUCUGUGGAGCAGGUUACCUAGUAUAUUUCACAAGGCCCAUGACAAUGCAUCGAGCGGUGUCUCCGACAGAGCCUACUCCCAGAUCUCUCUCGGCCUUGUCUGCUUAUCAUACUGGCUUGAUUGCUCCAAUGAAGAUCCGCACAGAGGCCCCUGGGAACCUUCGUUUAUACAGUGGGAGUCCCACUCGCAGUGAGAAAGAGCAAGUCUCCAUCAGCUCCUUCUACUACAAGGAGCGGAUGUCUCCUCGCUCUGCCCGGCGACGUUGGUCCAUACAAGCAAUUAACGACUUCCCGAAAUCAAGGAGGUGGAAAAGUAAGCGCGAGGGAUCUGACUCUGGCAAUCGACCUAUCAAGGCUGCUGGGAAAGUCAUCAUACAGGAUGUUUCGUGCCUUCUUCCUGUUCACAAAUCACUGGGAGAACUGUAUAUAUUGAAUGUGAAUGAUAUUCAGGAAACAUGUCAGAAGAAUGCUACUUCAGCCAUGCUUGUUGGAAGAAAGGAUCUUGUCCAG